ACUCGCCGCCUUCGCGCUGCUCCCUCCCUCUGCGCAUGUGCAUCCCCGCCUUCUCCUCCAGGCUUGUCUUUCCCCGACCUCCAGCCCUUUGUGGGAAACCUUCUCUGGCUUCCGGGUCCACGCGGCGAGGGAGUUACGGCAUGACAGUAUCCUGAAGCCAUCGAAGGCUGUGUGACGGUGGAAGGUCGGGGACAAAUUUAAGAAGAGCGAGGUGAGCUGGAGCUGAGAGGGGUGGGCACGCAGGCUACACAGGAAAUGUCACCUCUUUGGACAGUUUGUGAGAACAUGGUCGGGAAUGAAAGGCUCACCAGCCAUAGCGAAGGAAAUUCUGUCAUCACCCCUCCCUGAACACCCCCUCCUCCCCUCAUUUUCCAGUCCCCAUUUGCCAUUGUUGAUGGCAUCUAGAAAGAUGCAGAGGUUCCUGCUCUCCUGGCCUUAUAGAUGUACAGGAUGGUAGUGCAGGCUCGAGGUUAUCUGUUUUGGCCUUAUUUGAGAAAUGAAAAAAAAUAAUAAAUUGAGUCUGAGAAGGUGACUGACCAAGAUCAUGCAGUUUGUUGGUGGCAGAACCAUGGUUAAAAGUCAGGUCUGCAAAUUCCCAGGCCACGGCUCAUUUGGUCACUCUUAAUUACGUCAAAGAUAGUUUCUUAUUAAAAGACCUUUUGAAAGUUGUAAGAAACAAACAUUAAACAUUUAUUUUUUUUAUCUUGCCUUAAACACCCCCAUCUCUUUUUUCCAGAGGUUUCUUGGAUUUUCUGACCUCAGGGGAUUAAUAGUGUUCACCGGAAAACAUGAACGGUGUGGCUUGAGAUUUUUAAUUUUUAAUUUUUCCCACAUCAGUUCUGGAAAAGCCAUAGUGUUUCCUCCUUUAGGUUACUGUUAAAUGUGAAACUCAUCUUCUCGUGUUUUUAAUUUUUCUGUGUCACAGAACCUAAAUUGGCAAUAAAUCAAUAAGAAACAAAUGUUUACAUUCACUCAGUGAAAAGUAUCAUGUCUAAGCUCAACAUCUAUCGGAGCCACACAUGGACACCUCUCCCUCCUUCACUAAGAGCAGAAAAUGAACAGAUCCCAGGCAGAGUCCCAGGCUGGCAGGAGAAGUGGGCGUGGUCGCUGGGACAGCCCUCCGAAAUGGGUCAGGUGGUGCUUCGAGGCUCAGGGGACGUGGCCUCCUGGGUAGCAUCCAAAGCGUCUGGCCUCCGUCUCUUCAGUGCAGAUGGAAGUGCAGCACGUCCAGGAGUGUGACCGCUGCCAUCUCCCUGGUGCACGUGCAUCGCAGUGAUCCAGUUUGAAUGGGGAUCUCAUCGUGACUUGUGGACUUAAAAGGGGACGGACGGAUGGCAUAGAGGGAAAUGGCUACCAGUGAAAUCAGAGGACAAUGUGUCUCAGCAGUUUUAAAAGCUUCGGUUACGUCUGUGCUACUGAAUGAAAGAAUGCGUCUCCAAUCAACGUCAUGAGUCAAUCCCCAAGCUAAGAACUCACCUGACAAGGUUGCCUGGGUGGCCUCUGUCAUAUUUAAAGCCAUGAUUAAUCUGCCUCGAGUUGAGAAGUUUCUGGUUGCGACAUCUCCCUGGCUGUCUGGAACAGAGCAUGUUCUCCUGGCAACUGCUUCUGGAAGGAGCUGGAAUCCAUCUGAAGCUCCCAGGGCUUGACGACAGCAGACCCCCUUGUCCCAGAGACUUCAGAGAUCAGAUUUUGUUUUUAAGUCAUCUUUACACCCAACGCAGGGCUCGAACUCACAGCCCUGGCAUCAAUAGUCUUAUGCUCCACCGACUGAACAAGCCAGGAGCCCCUCAUUUUACCUGUUCUUGGUCUUCAUAGAGAAAGAAUUAUCAAGCAGACCCCAAAUGCGGCAGCUUUUAGCAACAGCAUACUGGAUGCUUCUUCUUGGACCUGUAUAUGGUUAUCACAAGAAAGGAAGUAUCACAAAUCCUGAAGCUAAUAUGAAUAUUAGCCAGAUUAUUUCCUACUGGGGUUACCCUUGCGAAGAGUAUGAUGUCGUGACCAAAGAUGGUUAUGUCCUCGGAAUUUACCGGAUUCCUCAUGGAAGAGGAUGUCCCAGAACAACUCCGAAACCCGUCGUGUAUUUGCAACAUGGCUUAAUCGCGUCUGCCACUAACUGGAUAUGCAACCUCCCGAACAACAGCCUGGCUUUCCUUCUGGCAGAUCGCGGUUAUGAUGUGUGGAUGGGGAACAGCCGGGGCAACACCUGGUCCAGGAAACACUUGAAAUUCUCACCCAAAUCUCAAGAAUACUGGGCCUUCAGCGUGGACGAGAUGGCUGGCUAUGACCUUCCAGCCACAAUCGAUUUUAUCGUAGAGAAAACUGGACAAGAGCAACUCUAUUAUGUGGGCCACUCACAAGGCACCACCAUCGCCUUCAUAGCAUUCUCUACCAAUCCAGAGCUGGCUAAAAGGAUUAAGAUAUUUUUUGCAUUGGCUCCAGUCAUCACAGUGAAAUACACCCAAAGUCCUAUGAAAAAAUUCAAAACUCUUUCCAGAGAAGUAGUCAAGGCACUAUUUGGUGACAAGAUGUUCUACCCUCAUACGUUUUUUGACCAAUUCAUUGCCACCAAGGUGUGCAACCGGAAGCUAUUUCGUCAUAUUUGCAGCAACUUCCUGUUUACUUUGAGUGGAUUUGACCCGAAAAAUUUAAACAUGAGUCGCUUGGAUGUUUACUUGGCGCAGAGCUCCGCGGGCACGUCUGUUCAGAAUAUGCUGCACUGGGCCCAGGCUGCUAAUUCUGGUCUGUUCCAAGCUUUUGAUUGGGGAAACGCUGAUCAGAACAUGAGGCACUUCCACCAGCUUACACCUCCCUUAUAUGACGUCACGAAGAUGGAGGUACCAACAGCUGUGUGGAGUGGAGGAAAUGACCGUGUGGCUGAUCUCAAAGACGUUGAGAAUUUACUCCCUAAGAUUACCAGGCUUAUUUACUACAAGUUGAUCCCACACUACAAUCAUGUGGAUUUUUACCUCGGACAGGACGCGCCCAAGGAAAUUUACCAAGACCUUUUUAGACUGAUGGACGAAUGUUUGCAAAAGUAAAUAUUUUCCUUUCUCUAAGUAAGUGGAUUCUCAAACUAAUAACGUGGCACACAAACCCCUAAGGUGACCCCUCCAGUGGUUUUCACCUUCUAGCGUCCAUGUGUUGGGGUAAUCCUCUCCCCCGAGUUUGGGAGUGCCCUGAGACUUGCUUCUGACCAACAGAACUGGCAAAGGUAACGGUGCCACGCCCUUGGUUAGAUCAUGUUUAAGGCAAAGGUGAUGGGAUGUCACUUCCUGAUUGCGUUAUAUUAUAUGAGACUCCAUCUAAGUAGACUGGAGAAGAGCUUCCUCUUGUUGGCUUGAUGAAGUGAACAGAUAUGGAAGCUCGCAUGGCAAGGAGCCACGUAUGACAUCUGGCAUCUGCAGGUGGCCUCCAGCCCACAACCAGCAAACUGACGGAUCCUUAGUCGUACAGCUGCAGGAGGAAUUAGAGCCAGCUCCUGGGUGAGCGUGGAAGCCCAUUAUUCCCCAGUGUAGCCUCCAGUGGAGAAAGCAGGCUGGCCACACCUCGAGUGCAGCCCGGGGAUUCCCUGAGCAGAGGAGGGAGCUGCACCAUGUCCAGACUGUGGACCCACAGCAAGAGUGAGAAAAUAAAUGGAUAUUCUUUUAAACCUCCA